AUGCGACUGUUUAACAUUUUGAGGCCAGUUCCUAGGAUUUCCAUUUCUAUAAGCCUUAUCCCCCACUUGACCAUCUCAUCCCCCCGCUUCGAUAGGAUGACCAUCAGGACAAUGGCUACAACAACAACAACCCCCCAGAACCAACCGGACUCGGCCGGAGCCAGGCGCCAGAUCAACCUGAUCCGGGGAUGGCCGGCACCACACACGCUACCGGCGGAGCACCUCAGGAACGCGGCGGACCGCAUGCUGACGGAACCCGACGUCUUCGUCCCGGGCCUGCAGUACGCACCGGACCCAGGCUUCCAGCCGCUGCGGGAGGAGCUCGCGCGCUUCCUGGCACCUUACUACUAUCACAGCCGGGGGCGCACGCCGGACUCGGCCCGCAUCUGCAUCACGGGCGGCGCCAGCCAGAACAUGGGCUGCGUGCUCGGUUCAUUUACGGAUCCGGGCUACACAAAAGCCGUGUGGGUCGUGGCGCCGUGCUAUCACCUCUCGAAUCCCAUCUUUGAGGAUGCGGGGUUCAAGGGACGUCUCAGGGCGGUUCCGGAGGAUGAUGAGGGUAUAGAUUUGGACUGGCUGGAGAAGGGUUUGAAGGAGUUUGGCUCUGACGGCCCCAGUGAGCCUGUGUUUAAGAACCUAGCCCCCUCCCGCAAGGCAUACCGACAUGUCAUCUACUGUGUCCCCACUAGCGCCAACCCCUCGGGCAAGACAAUGAGCGUGGGCCGGCGCGAGGGGCUGAUCCGGCUCGCGCGGGAGUACGACGCGCUGGUCAUAAGCGACGACGUCUACGACUUUUUACAGUGGCCAGUCGUGCAACAGCGGCAGGGCUCCCAGCAGCAGCAGCAGCAGCAGCAGUACAUCCCUCCCCUGACGCCCCCGCCGCGCCUGGUCGAUAUCGACCGAGACCUGACGGACAGUCUCGGUGCCAGCCGCUUCGACUCGGGCGGCUUUGGCCACGCUGUGAGCAACGGCUCCUUUAGCAAGAUCAUCGGUCCUGGAGUGAGGACUGGCUGGGCAGAGGGCACCCCGGCCUUUGCCCUGGGACUUGCCACGACGGGCAGUAACAAGAGUGGUGGCGCCGCGAGCCAGCUUGCCGCCGUUAUGAUUUGGGAGAUGAUCCGCACAGGCGCCCUGGCAUCCCACAUAGACGGGACCGUACGCCCAGACCUGCAGAAGAGGCACGCCAUGCUGCUCGACGCCGUCCGCCAGCACCUCUCCCCGCUCGGCGUGACCUUUGAGGAGCCAAAGUCGACGUAUGGCGGGUACUUUGUGUGGCUGACGCUGCCGGACAGUGGCCCAUCGGCGAGCAUCGUGGCCAGUCGCGCGUUGCAGGACGAGAAUCUUAUCCUUGCUGCCGGAAGCAUGUUCCAGGUCAAGGGCGACGAGGAUGCUGUGAAGUUCCCACGGAACCUGAGGUUGUGUUACGCGUGGGAGGACCCAGACAUCAUCGUUCAGGGCGUGGAGAGGCUGGCCGGUCUGUUGAAGCGGUUGCAGGAUGAACCGCCUGCAGAGGAGAAGGAUCAAGAUGGAGAAAAGUCGUUUGGCUUUGUGUAGAGCUAGCUGCUCACUGUCAAGGAUUAGAAAUACAACAAAUUAUUGACAAGUUCAA